AUGGCGGAUUCGAAUAAUAAAAGAAAAGAAAGGUCCGAGGGCAGUGGUGGGAAAGAUACGAGAGAUGCGCGAGAUGGAAAUAAUAGAGGGGGAAAGAGAGCCAAGGGCGGCUCAAAUGGGAAAUGGCAAACUCCACAUCAACAAACGAAAAUGGCCUCUAAAAAUGGUGGGAGGAUAGAGCCCGGCGACCAAGGAAUCUGGGCAACUUGCGUGAAGGGUAAAGAAGGAAAGGCAACAGAAGAGCUGAGAAGUCUACUUGAGGAGUCUGCUGAGAAAUACUACGGUAUAUCCGUGAAGUCAGGUAGCAAGAACAAUGACGAAGAAGAUGAAGACGCUAUCGAAUCAGUUGACGACAUUGAGAAAUCGAUUCAAAAAGAAGUUGCAGCGCAUAAAGAUCCGACGGAAAAGCUAUUCUCAGCAGUUUACCUAGACAUUCAAUGCGUGCUCUUCUUCAAGACUCGAUCACCAAUAGAUCCAGCUGAUCUAGUCCAUAGGAUGUGUGAAGAUGCAGCAUCAGGCGGGGUAAGGAAACUGAGGUUUGUAAAUCGUCUAACUCCAAUGUCAGUCAUCGGAAAAGCCACAGAAAAAGGUAUCGAGGAAAUCGGACAGACCGUGCUAGGCGCUCAUUUUCGACUCGCUGGCGAAGCCACAGAAUCGGAAGAGUCUGCUGCAUAUUCGACUAUAUGUGGUAUGAGUGUCGUUGGAGAUGACUGGGAAAAGCUUAAGCGCUACAACCUUUACGAGCUCCAGUCACCUUCAACCAAUUCGAAAUCUGGGGGACUAGUAGAAGCCAAACCAAAACCUACGCCCGAAAGCGUAACUACAGACGAGGCUCGGGCACUACCCGACAAAUCAAACGGCAGUUAG